GUUCUGGCGCCAGCCUCGCCGCGAACUUGAGUUUUUGGCGAACUGAGCAGAGACAUCGCAUCGUCGCAGCACCACACGCAGUUCUCAAUAGCCACUGUCCCCCAUCGACGCGACAGCAGCAUUGGACCAAGUGCGCAUCGGGGGGCGGCUGUUCCUUAGCGACGGAUAUCUCAUCUUUUCGUUCCUCCCAUCACUAUCGUCGCCCCUUUCAUUCUUUUCUCCUCCAAACAUGGCCGCUCCACAAGCGUCCGCGCUGUCGGCCGCUGGCGGCGACAGUGACGGGCCGUCAUCGACGGCAUCCGCAACCAUCGACUCCUCUUCAACCGCCGCACCCGCAGUAGCACCCACCACCGAUUCCGGCGCGCCGUCCAAGUCCGCCACUCCCACGGCUGAUGCGACCACGGCGCUCCCGGUCCGCGACAGAGAUGCUUUCAACAAGGUCAUUGUCGAGCGCUUUCAAACGCGCGAUUGGAUUCACUCGGCUGCCAUGAAAGAAGCUCAGAUUCGGUUGGAAAAGGACACCAAGGACUUGCUUGCUCGGGCGAGCGACUACCGACAGUAUCGCGACUUCUAUUCCGCGUUUCCCGCUCGACUCUACGGCGAGGGCUACCGCGGCUACGGAAACGGCUACACCGCGAAUGGAACCACCACAAAGAUCAUCUAUCCGUCGCAAAAACCGCGCCCCGGUAGGAGGACAACGCCCGCCCUCAAGUUCUCCAAGAAGGACAUGAAGAAGCAGGCCGAGCAGCACGAGGAGCUGGUGCCUGUCCGGAUAGACGUGGAUUGGGACAAGAUCAAACUGCGAGACACCUUUACCUUCAAUCUUCACGAGCGCCUUGUGUCCGUCGAACUCUUCGCUGCCCAGCUGGUGGAGGACAUGGGCCUCAACCCGUCUGUCGACAAGCCCGUCUAUGACCAAGUGGUCCAGCAAAUACACGAGCAGCUCAACGACUUCUACCCCUUUGCCUACUCCGAGGAGGAUGCCCUCGACCCUGAGCUCCCAUACUCGGCCUACAAGAACGACGAAAUGCGCAUCCUUGUCAAGCUCAAUAUUACGAUCGGUGCCCACACGCUAGUUGACCAGUUUGAGUGGGACAUCAACAAUCCCAUGAACUCUCCUGAGGAGUUUGCCACCAGCAUGGCCAAGGACCUGUCGCUGUCGGGCGAAUUCACAACAGCAAUAGCACACUGCAUACGCGAGCAGGCCCAACUUUUCACGCGCAGCCUGUACAGCAUUGGCCAUCCGUUCGACGGCCGACCCAUCGAAGACGCGGACCUGGUGACCGCAUUUCUUCCCACUCCUUUACCUUCCGUUUUUAGACCACAACAACAAGCAAAAGAUUACGCCCCUUAUCUCUACGAGAACACCGAGGCCGAGUUGGAGAGGACAGAGACCAUGUUCUCGCGCGAACAGAGGAGACAGAAGCGGUCCAUCAACCGUAGGGGUGGCCCUCAGCUGCCAGAUUUGAAGGAAAGGCAACGGACGAUAAGAACGUCCAUAGUUUCUUCAGUGUUACCAGGCGCUGCGCUGAGCAUCGAGGAGAGCCGCCUAUACAAGCGAUCUCUGGGGGGUGGUCUGACAGGGAGAGGCAAGCGGACAGCUCGCGACGGCGACUUGUCUGAUUCUGAGGAGAGCGACGACUCCGCUCCCGACUCACCCGCAAUGGGGCAGCUCCAAGGAACUGCCAGGACUAGGGGUAUCCGUGGCGCCGCCAGCGCAGCCGCCCAACGCAUGGCCAACCUCGGGCGAUCUGAGACUCCUGAAGCCAUCAUCCACCACCACGAAACCCGCACAUCACGACGGUUCGGCCGAGAAGCCACUCGAGAACAAACCGAAGAACCUCAGCAAUACAUUAUUACCCUCCGAGUGAGCCCCGCGAGGUUGAAAAAGCUCAUGCGAGAUUUCAAACUGCGACAGACACCACAUCCAUCCGCCACACCAACUCUCACCCAACAGCCGGGCCCGUCCUCGGCUGCCCCAGGCUCCAUGGGUCCUCCCUCCACCCCAUCCGCAUCCAUCCACAGUUUCCCCUCGAGACCGAACAACGCUCCUACCCUCCAAGGCCAGCUAGGCCGCGUCCCGGCCCCUCCACCAGGGCCCAACGGUUCAACGCCCAACCAACCACCGCCCGCACCGCCGGACUGGCUCACCGCGGCGCUAGCCAACCUGCAAAAGACGUACCCGUCGGACCAGUUCGAGGCGCUCAUGCGCUACUGCGCCGUCAACACCGAGACCAACUCGUUCGUGCCCUUGCCCCUGCCCGCCGGCGAGCCCAUCCCGCCAGCCGUCCAGUUCGCCUGGCUGCCGCGCAUCAAGUGUCUGGACUGCCCGGGCAAGUCGUACACGGCCGGCCCGGAGACGACGGUGCAGAACUUUGAGGUCCAUGUCAAGAACCGCACCCAUCGGGAGAGGGUUAUGGCGAGGGUCAAGAGGGGUGGGUAAGGUGAAUGAUGCGUAAGUCAUGGUUGGAUAGGUAGGAAUACAAUACCUAGGACCGAGAGAGCUCUGGCUGUGGAUUUGGCGUUGUCUUGCGGGUGGCGUAGUCGUUCGAGGUUGGUUGGGAUGGGCGAGGGAUUUAUUCAGGACUCGGUUGAGGAAGGCUCUCUAUGGAUGACGCCCUGGAAUUUCGGCGGUUAAGUUGGCCACAGAGUAGUCUUCACCUUAGCUCUUGGCCCCUAAGAGAUCAACCCAACAGCUUGUACCAACUCUUGCUAGAAGGUGUACAAUUAGGGGAAUGGUUGGGGAGAGCGGGAGAAGGCGUUUCGGGGUUCAUUUAGGGAAUGAUAAGGACGGGUGAUUAUCAGAGUGGCAAUGACCACCAUAGCAUGGAGAAUUUAGGUGCAUGUUUCGAUUCACACUUGGUGCAAGAUGAAGAUCGGAUGGGCGUUCAUGGUGUCCUUCUCUUGUUGUUGGGCG